GCACCCGCGAGGACGGGCCCCUCGUCGCUUCGGGCCCUGCCCCUCACAACACAACACAACACAACACACACGCAAAUGUUACAGUUGAUCUCAGAUGAUCUCCACGACGUCCAGCACAGCCAACAUGGUGACGCAGGGUAAACUCGAGAUCAACUCCAUGAACGUUGUUGAAGAUAAAACAUCAGGCAGACUGGGAUGCUUCGGGUGGAUUUUGGUGGUCAUUUCGCUCCUCUUCAUCGGGCUCACGUUCCCAAUUACAUUAUUCAUGUGUGUCAAGAUCGUCAAGGAGUACGAGCGAGCCGUCAUCUUCAGACUCGGUCGAAUCGUGGACAGGAAAGCCAAGGGACCGGGGCUUUUCUUUGUGAUCCCUUGCACUGAUAACUUUGUGAAAGUCGACCUGAGAACUGUCUCCUUUGACAUCCCGCCACAAGAGAUCCUGACCAAGGACUCUGUGACGGUGUGCGUGGACGGCGUGGUGUACUUCCGCAUCCAGUGCCCCAUCUUGUCGGUGGCCAACGUGAGCAACGCCCACUCGUCCACGAGGCUGCUGGCUCAGACCACCCUGAGGAACGUGCUGGGCACCAAGAACCUGGCCGAGCUGCUAUCUGACAGGGAAGGCAUCUCGCUCAGCAUGCAGGAAUCCUUGGACGAGGCCACGGACGCGUGGGGCAUCAAAGUGGAGCGCGUGGAAAUUAAAGACGUCAAGUUACCUCAGCAGCUGCAGAGAGCCAUGGCCGCCGAGGCGGAGGCCAGUCGGGAGGCCCGCGCCAAGAUCAUCGCCGCCGAGGGCGAGAUGAAGGCGUCCCGUGCCCUGAAGGAGGCCUCGCUGGUCAUCGCAGAGGCUCCGUCCGCCCUGCAGUUGCGCUACCUGCAGACGCUUAACAGCAUCGCCGCCGAGAAGAACUCAACCAUCGUCUUCCCGCUUCCCAUCGACAUACUGCAGAGCUUUUUACCGAGGAAGUGAGGAACCCUGAUCGGUUUCUAUAUUGUCACACAAUUUCUACUCUGCUUAUAUAUAAAUAUGUGUACUGUAUUCAAAGGUUCAUCUUCACUCCGUGAUUUCCCUUUCUGAUUUUAAUACUAGAUUACAAAGUGCAAACAUGUACAGUGGAAAUGAUACAAAUAUUUGCAAACCGCCAAGAUAACAUUUGCAGUUCUGCUCAAGGACCAAUGAAAAAGAAAACGAAUAAAUAUUCAUCACAAAAAACCCACAAGGACAUGCUCUUUUUUUUAACAAAACAAAUCCAUAAAUACAAUCUGAAGAAAUGUAAACAUAGACUGAGAAAUCAAUGCUGUCAGUGAUGACAACGAGGAGCUGCAAAAUAUGAGAAGGGCCACGCUGAAAAGAAAAAAAAAGCGACAUAAUAUUACAAGAAUAAAGUCGACGUAUUAUGUAGCAGGGCCAUAUCGUUAACAAAGGAAAUUUUGUAAUUUGAAUUGUUAAUGACGUGUGUGUCAAAAUUCACACACCAACAAACAACACGAUAUUUGUUUUUGCCUGAAAUAUUACAAAUUGAAUUAGAAUUUUUAUUCCUAUAAAGUAUAUCUCUCUCAUAAUAUUACAAUUCUUCUUUUAAAUAUUUUUUUUGUCAAACAAUCCCAGCUUUACUCUUAAAGCAACAUAACCACUCGUAAAAUUAUUGACUCCACAUAUAGUUUUUACUAUGGUUGUUUUCAUUAUGGUUUAUUAUAAUAUGGUUUUGUUUUUAUAUCAUGGCAAUAUUGGGCUUUAUUGCUGUCAAAAUGUGAGCGAUGUAAUAAAAUUCAGCUUGUUUUUUGGCGCAGUAUCUUCAUUGUCAUAUUUUUACAAAUGUAGUUUUGGGAAAACGUCAAUAUUGCAACUUCAUUGUUUUUAGGUCUUUUUUUCAACUUGUUGUAAGACUUUAGUCUAUGUAAAAUUAUGACUUAUUUUCACAAAUUUGUUCUUGUUACACAUUUUUGGUUAUAUGACACCCACUGUAGAACUACAGCCGCUUUGUUUUCUAAUUAUUACAACAUUUCGUGUUUCAUUCCAAUUUUACGAUCGCAACUUUUGUGAUUUCACAACUUUACUAUAAAUUAAAGUGUAAUUUGUCAGGCAGUAUUUUUCUUUUAGGCGUGGCCUUAAAACUUCUUCUUCGCACCAGUUUUUCCUUUUUCUCUAAAAUGUGUCCUAAUUUUAAAAGUCUACCGGCCUUUUACUAAAGUAAAAUUAGUCAGUUUUCAUAUUGAACUUUAAAAUAUGCGAUACAGCUCAUUUUAUACAAACAUCCUGCAAAGAUGACUGAAAUGU